UUGACAACCCCGAAGCUCUUUCUUUCGAGAAACAUGCCUGGUUUUAGUGAGAAGCCUAUUGUGAUUGAUGGCCGAGGUCACCUCCUUGGUCGCCUUGCUGCUGUUGUUGCAAAAACUCUCUUAAUAGGUCAAAGAGUUGUGGUUGUGAGAUGUGAAGGAAUAAAUAUCUCUGGAAGCUUUUUUAGAAACAAGUUGAAGUAUCUUGCCUUCUUGAGGAAGCGGUGUAAUGUUAAUCCGAAGCGUGGUCCAUUUCAUUUUCGUGCUCCCAGUAAGAUCCUUCUCCGCACCAUUAGGGGAAUGGUGCCCCACAAGACGAAACGAGGGGAAGCUGCCCUUUCAAGACUUAAGACCUUUGAGGGUAUCCCACCACCUUAUGAUAAGAGGAAGAAGGUUGUAAUUCCCUCAGCUUUGCGUGUGAUGAGGUUGCGUCCUGGAAGAAAGUUCUGUACUGUUGGCCGUCUUUCUCAUGAAGUGGGUUGGAAAUACCAAAAUGUCAUCACAACUUUAGAGAUGAAACGCAAAGCAAAGUCUGCAGUAUACUAUAGUGACAAAAAACGAGAUCAGAAAUUGCUUCAAGUAGCCAAGCAGAAGGUGGCUAAGGUCAUCGAGCCAUACAGGAAAGUUGUCGAGAGUUAUGGUUACUAGACAUAAAAAUGUAGAAUGGUUGAAUAAAUGUCAAGACUUGAUGA